AUGAAGUUUUUAUUUUUGUAUACGGCUAGUGUGCUUUUAUCAGCUGUAGCUGUCUGGGCUAGUUCAGUUACUUUAACCGAACCAGAGCCGAAUCAAGUCUGGGAAACCGGAUCAACAGUUCAUAUUAAAUGGAAAGUAAAUGACCCUAAAGCUGCAAAGAAGAUUCGUCUUCAAUAUGCUUCUGGUCCAUCUCAAGCUCUGGUCAUCAAUGGCUUGAUUGCUGAUCGUGUCAAUGGUUCUUCUGGUAGCUAUUCAUGGAAGAUACCCAAAGACCUCAAGCCUAAAAAAUAUGUCAUUGAAGCUGGUCCAAGUGCUAAGGACCUUUCUUUUGCCGGUAGGUUGAGUACGAUCCCCUUGGAAGCCGUCUGGGCUCUAAAACUAGAAUUCUUCUCCCCACCUAAUGUGGUACUAUAG